ACGUCGGAAGUGAAGCGAUGCGUGCGGUGUGCAAAGCAAGAUUGGGUCCAAAAUAAGAUUUAUACACGAGCGUCUUUGACAUUGCGCCCGUUGACAACGCCACGAUAAUUCGCUUGCGCAAUGACGAGUCUUCGCGCUUUGGCGCUCGUCCUAGUCACGGAAUCCUCGUAAGGGUUCUCGCUUCGCGACGAAGUGAUCUCCUCUUUUUUUUUUCGACACUGCGAUGCCGUUGCGUUUCAGCGGCGGGAAGAAUAAUGCGUUGUCAUUGAUGACGGUCGGAAGGGACGCAUCCUCGUGCACGGCAUCGACCCGGUGAAUAGAAAUGGGCAAGCAAAACGGCUCGUGUUGGUGGUGCGUGAAGGCCGUCAAGUGGAUACCAGUGAUAUUCAUUCUGACGAUCGUCGCGUGGUCCUAUUAUGCUUACGUCGUACAAUUGUGCUAUUAUACAAUAGACAACUAUGUUCAAAAAGCUUUCUACCUGCUUUUCUUCCACAUCCUAAUUCUGAUGUUUUUAUGGUCAUAUUGGCAGACUGUGUAUACAAACUUAAUGCUGGUGCCAGAUAAGUUUAGAAUACCUGAUGUCGAGAUGGAAAAAUUACAGCAGGCAGAAACGGAAGAAGCACAGAGACAAAUUUUGGAAAGAUUUGCACAAGAUCUUCCGGUUACUAAUCGCACCAUAAAAGGAGCUAUGCGAUUCUGCGAGAAAUGUCAGUUAAUAAAGCCUGAUAGGGCACACCAUUGCAGUGUGUGUGGCACUUGUGUUCUAAAAAUGGAUCACCACUGUCCAUGGGUGAACAAUUGCGUAGGCUUUCAUAAUUACAAAUUUUUCAUGUUGUUUCUCGCAUAUGCACUUCUCUAUUGUAUGUUUAUUACCGCCACAUCUUUACAAUACUUUAUACAAUUUUGGAAAGGAGAGUUAGAUGGAAUGGGUAGAUUUCAUCUAUUAUUCCUUUUUUUUGUUGCGUUGAUGUUUGCAGUCAGCCUUAAUUCCCUUUUCUUCUACCAUUGCUAUCUUGUUGUGCAUAAUAGGUCAACACUAGAGGCCUUCAGAACACCCAUGUUUCGAACAGGGAAAGACAAGGAUGGAUUUAGUCUGGGAAAAUACAAUAAUUUUCAGGAAGUAUUUGGUGAUAAUCCACGGCUCUGGUUUCUUCCCAUAUUUAGUAGUUUGGGAAAUGGUGUCGUCUAUCCAGUAAGAUCGCAACACCAGGGCACACCCAAUACUUAUGACUCCAUGGGCAGUACUCAGAACAGUUUUGGAGAUGGGGUAAACUUUCCCGAGCGGCUGUGCAAUGAGGAUACACAUACUCUGUUGGGCACCCACGGGACCCAACAAUGGGGUGAUGAAACCGAGUUUGAUUCCCCACUUCCCUACGUAAAUCAGGUCCACCAUUGAUCAAAUGACUUUGGUACAGGAAGCUACAAUUUUGGCUCUUGGCGCUGGCACUGCUGUGAUAGGUCCUUCUGUUGAUGUCGACCAACCACUGGUGAAUACCACAGAAUCUGUCUGAAUAGCAUCGUUUGUACCACAAAUUGGCAUGUAUGUUUUCAUGCAAUUGCUAGUUUGCUUUAUGAUAUCGAGUAUAAUUCGGAAUAUAAUAUUAAUUUAUUUUUGGUGUGCUUUUUUAUAUUUUCUAAAAAAAUUUUUUAAUUAUUGGCAUUGUGCGUUGAUAUUUUUUUGUUUUUGCAAAUUGGAGAUUCACACUGAAAUGUUAGCCUAGUAAAUGCAAGUAUUUUUUAACAUUAUGGAUUGUGUCUUUUGCACACCAAAAGAUUUGAAUAUUAACUGUAUUAUAUAUAUAUUGUAAUAUAUAUUAUAUAUGGAUCGUUGUUAAAAAUAUUGUUACAAUUACUUGUAAUUUUAAUUAUAGUAUAUAUCAAAUAAUUAGACUAUCCUCUAUAGUAAUACAUUAAUAUCUCUCAUACUAUACAUUUAUAAUUGCUUGAGUGUGUAGAUUACUUGUACCAUAAACGAUGAGACGAGUCACUGCAGUAUAAUCCAGAGGGUACUGCAUUUGCAAUGACUAUCUUUGUCAAGAUAUAGACAUAUACGUAUAUGGGUGUGUUGAACAAAACAAGAUUUACAAAUAAAGAUUCGUCCAUACUUAUGAAAAAUAGGAUGAUUCCAAUACUCUUUUCUUUUGUUAGAGUUUUAUGUAAAUUAUGUUUGACUUAUUAAUAAUUUUUGACAUAAAAUAAUAUAAUUUUUAAUUGUUUUUUAAAAAGGAAUAUAUAUAUACAAUGUAAAAAAAUUAUCAAUAGAAUACAUAUUAUAUUAACUGAAAAGAUUUAUCUGAAUAAAAUAUGUGCUAAUGAUACAAAAAGUAUCUUUAGAUACAUAGAUAUGAGCAUAAAGUUUAUUAUAAUCUUUUAUUGUGUAGCAAGAAUCAUCCUAUUAAUUUUUACAGAAUAAAUACUUAAUAUUAUUUUAUUUUAUUUCACAUGAUAUAAAAUCUAUGAUUAUUAUAUACAUAUAUACGUGUAUAUAUAUAUAUAUAUAAAUGCCAUCAGUUUUUGAAAUUUAUAAAAUUGGUUGCAGUGUAUAAUAUUGUUAUACAGAAUAAUGGAAAUGCCUGUACUUAUAUUUCUAAACACUUUUGAUUAUUUAUGACUCACACAUUAAUUUGCAAAGAAAACAAAAUACUAUUUUUACAAAAAUACUUAAAGAAAAAAUAAAUUAUGCUAUUAAUA